AUGAGCUCCGUGAAAGAGGUCCCCAUCCCGGGGCCAAGGGGCGUCCCGAUCUUGGGCAACAUCUACGACAUCGAACCCGAAGUCCCUGCCAACAGUUUCGAGCUACUGGCCGAAAACUACGGCCACAUUUUCCGAUUGACUACCUUCGGCAAACCCAGAGUAUUUAUCAGCUCGCAUGAGCUGGUCGAUGAAGUAUGCGACGAGGAACGAUUCACAAAGAUUGUUUCAGCUGGUCUACAUGAGAUCCGGAAUGGUGUCCACGAUGGUCUGUUUACGGCCAACUAUCCCGGCGAGGAGAACUGGGCUGUUGCUCACCGUGUCCUCGUUCCUGCGUUUGGUCCUUUGAUGAUUCGGGGGAUGUUCGAUGAAAUGUACGACAUCGCCACUCAACUCGUCAUGAAAUGGGCGCGCCAGGGCCCUACCGUGCCUAUCGGCGUAACGGACGACUUCACCCGCCUAACACUGGACUCCAUUGCCCUCUGCGCAAUGGGUACCCGCUUCAAUUCAUUCUACCACGAUGAAAUGCACCCGUUCGUCGAGGCUAUGGUUGGCUUGUUGGCUGGGUCUGGAACUCGCGCUCGUCGGCCUGGUUUGAUUAAUAGCCUACCGACCAGUGAGAACAACAAGUACUGGACGGACAUUGAGUAUCUGCGGAACCUUGCUCAGGAGCUUGUUGAUAACCGGAAGGAGAAUCCGGUUGAGAAGAAGGAUCUUCUUAACGCUCUCAUUCUGGGACGGGAUCCGCAGACUGGCCAGGGUUUGACUGAUGACUCGAUUGUGAAUAACAUGAUCACUUUCUUGAUUGCUGGUCAUGAGACGACGUCCGGCAUGCUGUCGUUCCUAUUCUACCAUCUCCUCAAGAACCCCAGUGCCUACAAGAAGGCACAGGAGGAAGUUGACCGUGUUAUCGGCAAACGCAAGAUUGUUGUCGAGGAUAUGUCGAAGUUGCCAUACAUCACAGCUGUGAUGCGUGAAACUCUCCGUCUGAACCCAACUGCCCCAAUGAUCGCAGUCCAUCCCCACCCUGAUAAGAACAAGGAGGAUCCAGUAACACUGGGAGGCGGGAAAUAUGUCCUGCACCCAGACGAGACCAUCGCUCUCAUGCUGGGCAAGAUGCAACGCGAUCCAAAGGUCUAUGGCCCUGACGCCGAUUCCUUCAAGCCCGAGAGAAUGCUUGAUGAGCACUUCGACAAGCUACCAAAGAACGCAUGGAAACCAUUUGGCAAUGGAAUGCGAGGCUGUAUCGGACGGCCAUUCGCAUGGCAAGAGGUCCUCCUGAUUGUGGCUAUGCUCCUCCAGAACUUCAAUUUUGAACUAGAUAACCCUAGCUACGACCUUCGCAUUAAGCAAACACUUACCAUCAAGCCUAAGGACUUCCAGAUGAAGGCAACUCUGAGACAUGAUCUUGAUCCUACCCAGCUCAGCAUUGCUCUCGGUGGUGCGCCGACGGAGACUGCUGCUGGCAGUCGGGAUCGCAAGCCAAAGGUUGCUGCACCUGUCGAUGGCCAGUUGAAGCCUAUGCACAUCCUGUACGGGAGCAACACUGGUACUUGUGAGGUAUUCGCCCGCAGAUUGGCUGAUGAUGCCACGGCCUAUGGUUAUGCUGCCAAAGUCAGCUCUCUCGACUCCGCUAAGGAAAACAUUCCUAAGAGCGAUCCGGUUGUUUUCAUCUCUGCUUCAUAUGAAGGCCAGCCCCCGGAUAACGCGGCUCAUUUCUUCCAGUGGUUGAGUGAGUUGAAGGGAAGUGAUCUGGAUGGUGUCAACUAUGCGGUCUUUGGUUGUGGACACCAUGACUGGUCCUCCACUUUCUACCGCAUUCCCAAGGCCAUUGACCAGCUGGUCAAGGACAAUGGCGCCAACAGGUUAUGCGAGAUUGGUCUUGCCGAUGCAGCCAACUCGGAUAUGUUCACUGAUUUCGACAGUUGGGGUGAGACUUCAUUUUGGCCAGCUCUCACUGCUAAGUUUGGCGGUGCUAGCCCUGAGAAAUCGACCAAGCCGAAGUCAUCAUUGCAGGUUGAGGUCAGCUCGGGCAUGCGGGCAUCAACCCUCGGCCUGCAGCUUGAAGAGGGCUUCGUUGUCGAGAAUCAGAUUCUGACGCACCCCGAAGCCCCAACAAAGCGCAUGGUGCGCUUCAAGUUACCCUCAGAGAUGACCUACCAGUGCGGUGAUUACCUCGCCGUCCUACCAGUGAACCCAAGCCAAGUCGUCCGCCGCGCAAUCCGCCGAUUCGACCUCCCAUGGGAUGCCGUGCUCUGCGUGAAAAAGCCCUCGCAGAGCUCAAGCCCUCCACCCUCCAUCCCCAUUGAUGUCCCAAUCUCAGCCUCCGAGCUGCUAUCCACCUACGUCGAGCUCUCCCAACCCGCCUCAAAGCGUGACCUGAACAUGCUAGCCGACGCAGCCAUCGAUGCCGAAACCCAAGCCGAACUACGCUACCUCGCCUCAAGCCCAAGCCGCUUCACCGAAGAAAUCGUCAAAAAGCGCGUCAGCCCCCUCGACCUCCUAAUGCGCCACCCAGCCAUCAAACUCCCAAUCGGUGACUUCCUAGCCAUGCUCCCACCAAUGCGCGUGCGCCAAUACUCAAUCUCCUCCUCACCUCUCGCCAACCCAUCCGAAUGCUCAAUCACCUUCUCCGUACUAAACGCCCCAGCCCUAGCAUCCACAACCGAAGGCACAGAUCUCAUCGAACAAUACCUCGGCGUAGCAUCAAACUACCUCUCAGAACUCCAAGUCGGCGAGCGUGCCCACAUAACCGUGCGCCCCUCCCACUCGGGCUUCAAACCCCCCAUCUCACUCGAAACUCCAAUGAUAAUGGCCUGUGCAGGCAGCGGCCUGGCCCCAUUCCGCGGAUUCAUAAUGGACCGAGCAGAGAAGAUCCGCGGCCGUCGCAGCUUACCAAAUUCAGAUGAAUUACACGACGGCCAGCCCGCCAAAGCGGUUCUAUACAUCGGCUGCCGUACACAGGGCCAGGACGAUAUCCACGCAUCCGAACUGGCUGAGUGGGCGGAGCUCGGUGCUGUCGAUGUCCGGUGGGCGUAUAGUCGUCCCACAGAUGGAAGCAAGGGUCGGCAUGUGCAGGACCUCAUGCUUGACGACCGGGUUGAGUUGGUUGAGUUGUUUGAGCAGGGUGCGAGGAUUUAUGUUUGUGGUAGUACCGGGGUUGGUGGGGCUGUGAGGGAUGCUUGUAAGGAGAUGUAUCUUGAGAAGCGAGCUGCUAAGAUUGCUGAGCUUAAGGAGAAGGGGGAGACGCCUGUUGAUGCUGAGCUUGGGGAUGAAGAGGCUGCUGAGAAGUUCUUUGAUCGCUUGAGGACUGCGGAGCGGUAUGCUACUGAUGUUUUUACUUAG